CCACCCCCCACGCACGCAACUGUCAGCACCGCCCCGCGGCACCGCCAAUCCGGAGCCGUGUGCGGACUUGCGCACGCGCGCUCCCGUGCCGCCGCGGGGGCGGGGCGCCCUCUCUCCGGCCUCCCAUUGGUGCAUUGACGCUCCCCACCCUUUGCAGCAACACCAAUAAGCGGGAGGCAGUGUGCCCGGGACUCGCGGCUGUUCGUCAACCGUCCGGCGGGAAGGUUCGCGCAAACCGUUUCCCGGCGGCGGCGGCACUGCCUAGCGCCCCCUCCCGACAGGAGGAGGACUCACACGCGAGCGGCUGUCCAAGCUUCGGCCUCACUCCUUCCAACUCUCUUGGCGAAACUUGCAAAAGUCGUUUUUCGAAUCCCCUGUCGCCUUAAGCCCCACAGUUCCUCCGCAUUGGCACCAUGACCCCUGAGGGGGCUCUUUGCUGCAUGUAACCAAGGGCCAAGGCAGAGUGGGACUUCAACCUCGCACUUCUCGGUGGCCUCUUAUACAGUUGUUAGGAUGCUAGACUCCUCCGUGGCAGAUCAGAUGACCCGGCUGACAUUGCAAGUCCUGGAACAGAUGCUGGAACAGGAACGUGAAAGCAUGGACAGAGCAGGACAGCAGGAAAAGCCAGACACUGCCCUGCAGAGUGCUUUGAGGAGAAGGAGAGACCUUCUGCAGAAACUCUGGGAACAGCAGCUGAUGAAUGAGCACUCCCCGGCCCAUGCCUGGAGAAGGACACAGGAGAGAACCAUGGUGCCAACCCUGAACCCAGAGGUGCCUCCCGUGAAUGCCUUCCCUGCUGCCUCCCCACCUUUGCCCCGGCCACCAGAGCCACCAAGGAUCAUCCAGGCCCCGGUCCCCCAGCCUCCCGCCACCAUCAUUCAGCAGCUACCCCAGCAGCCACUGAUUGCACAGAUUCCUCCUCCUCAGGCCUUUCCCACUCAAAGAUCAGGAAAUAUCAAGGAAGACAUGGUGGAGAUGAUGCUAAUGCAGAAUGCACAGAUGCACCAGAUCCUCAUGCAGAACAUGAUGCUCAAAGCUCUGCCACCUGGGCCCACAGGGCCACGUGCCACGACCCUCCAGGACCAACGAUGGGUGCACCAUGGAGUCUUGCGAGCUGAAAAGCAGAAGCCACCCCCAGUGCACCACCACCACCACUAUGCACCCCCCACCCAGCUGCAGGCUGCCUCCACAGGCGCCCCUUCGGGAUAUUCGGGGUGGCCUCCAGUGGUUGCAGCCACUGCCCUCCCACAUGCAGCCAGCUUCUUGCCCACUGUGAGCCACCUGACUGAGCCGACUACCUCCCAUGCCAGCUACCCCUAGCACGGAGGUCUAGAGGGAGGAAGCUAGUGUCUUGCAGCAGGUCAGAGGCAAGACGGUUCCGAGUUGCCAGUUAGCCUGCGUGGACCUUCCCUGUGGCUGACCUGACUUCCACACAGUGAAGACAGUGAUGAGAUGUCCACGUGGAUGAAGAAGACAAGGCAACACCCUCCCCAGGGAGCUUCAGGGUGGUGACAUGCCCUUCCUACAGAACCACCUUUCAGUGUGCCUUAGGGUAUGAGUUCAGAGAAUCUAGUUUUUGUUAAAAGCAUCAAUUAAAGACCUCGCACAAUU